AAUACCGCAGUACAAAAAGCAAAUGAUUCCAGUCUUUCGGGAUACUUUAAUGUUAUGAUACAUAAUUGAGGUAAGAAGAGUAGAUUAAGUAUCUAGACGAAUCAUAUACUAACAAAAUGGAAGCUAUUUACAAAAUAAACAUAGUUGUUGUUUUUAUGUCGAUGUUACUUCAUGGAACACAAAUUUCGGCUAGACCAAAUUCUGAUGAAAAUAUUGCUGCAAUGAAAAAGGCAUUAAUAGAUACUUGCAUGGCCAAGUAUCCCUUAACUCCAGAUAUCAUAGAUAGUGCUAAAAAAGGUUUAAUGCCCGAUGACAGAAAUUUUAAGUGUUUCUUAAUGUGCAACUUCGAUGAAAUGUCACUGAUCGAUUCAGAAACAGCUGAUAUAGAUGUUGAUACUAUGGUAUCACUUAUUCCAGAUGAAGAUAUGAAAGCUGUAAUAAAAAAAGCUGCAGACCACUGCUUACCAAAUAUUGCUGGAAAACCUGAUACCUGUGAAGUAUCUUAUAAUUUUGCUGUAUGUGCUUUGAAAGUAGAUGAAAAAAUUAUGAAAAUAUUUUCUUGUGGAAACUAAUAUACUUUUUGUGCAUUUUAAUUAUAAUAUAUUUAAUAAUGUAUAAUAAGUGAUUAUUUCUUUUUGUAGUAUCAUAUUAUACUUCUAAAUAAUUUCAUUAUACUUAAGUAGAUAUUCAAGUAAAUUAUUUUAAGAUCAUAUACAAAAAAAAAAUGUGUCGAAUUUGUUUAGUUUUUUAAUUCUAUUUAGAAAAAGUAACACCAUAUUAAUAGAAUGUAUUUUUUGUAUACACUAUUGUCUUAUUUGUGGUAAAAUAUUAAAAGAUUUUAUAGUUUA